AUUUUAACAUUAAACACUCUUAUCUUAAAGGAGGAGUAUCACAAACGAACCUUCACGGAAGUGCUCUCUCCCAACAUGUACAACAGUAAACUCUGGGAAGCCUCGGGCCACUGGCAGCAUUACAGUGAGAACAUGUUCACCUUUGAUAUUGAAAAGGACACGUUUGCUCUCAAACCCAUGAAUUGUCCAGGGCACUGUCUGAUGUUUGCUCAUCGUCCACGAUCUUGGAGGGAAAUGCCAAUUAGAUUUGCUGAUUUUGGAGUUCUUCAUAGAAAUGAACUGUCAGGGACUUUAAGUGGCUUAACCCGGGUCAGGCGCUUCCAGCAGGAUGAUGCUCAUAUCUUCUGCACGGUGGAGCAGAUUGAAGAAGAAAUAAAGGGGUGUUUGCAGUUUUUACAAUCAGUUUACUCAACAUUUGGCUUCUCCUUUCAAUUAAACCUGGCCACAAGGCCAGAAAACUACCUUGGAGAAAUUGAGAUGUGGGAUGAAGCUGAAAAGCAACUGCAGAAUAGCUUGAUGGAAUUUGGAAAACCAUGGAAAAUGAACCCAGGAGAUGGAGCAUUUUAUGGCCCUAAAAUUGAUAUAAAAAUCAAGGAUGCUAUUGGCAGAUACCACCAAUGUGCUACAAUUCAGCUGGACUUCCAACUGCCUAUUAGAUUUAAUCUUACAUAUGUUAGUAAGGAUGGGGAUGAUAAGAAGAGACCUGUGAUCAUUCACCGAGCAGUGUUGGGAUCAGUGGAAAGAAUGAUAGCCAUUCUUGCAGAAAACUAUGGGGGGAAAUGGCCUUUCUGGCUAUCUCCUCGUCAGGUGAUGGUCAUCCCUGUGGGUUCAACUUGUGAAGAAUAUGCAGUUCAGGUAUCCAAUGAAUUUUUUGGAGAAGGAUUUAUGGCCGAUGUUGAUUUAGAUGACAGUUGUACACUGAAUAAGAAAAUAAGAAAUGCACAGUUGGCUCAAUAUAAUUUUAUUUUGGUGGUUGGAGAAAAAGAAAAGAUAAAUAAUGCUGUAAAUGUUCGAACAAGAGACAACAAAAUUCAUGGAGAGAUUUCAGUAACUUCUGCCAUUAAUAAAUUGAAGAAUCUCAAGAAAUCACGUACACUAAAUGCUGAGGAAGACUUUUAAAGUGCUUUCCUUGUACUUGCUUCUAUGUAAUCUAUUUUGACCUUUGCAAAUGCAUUUUUCCUCACUAAUUAACAUGUUAGAACUUCUAAGAACUUUGGACCCACUGAUGGAUCCACUUAUGGGAUCAGUUGAAAUGGGUCACAGUGAAUGAUUAGCAUAUAUGUAUAAAGUUAAUUCAUUAAUGUGUUCUGAAGAUGAUAAGAAGAGAAGCUUGGAAAAUUUCCAAGCAAUCAAUGACUUCAGAGACCUCAGUGGUGAGAUAUUAUUCAUUGAAAGAUGGAAACACUAGAAAAUGAGAUAUAUGAAGUUAUUGCUAAAACUUGUGAUUUUCAGCAGAUAGGCUCCAGGGCUAGGGAUAGAGCUCAGUUGCAGAGCGCUUGCUUAGAAUUCAAAAGGACCUGGGUUCUAUCCC